UUAUGACUUCCAGUGUGUCAAUUCUACUUUAGAAUAAAACUGUUGAUAUUUACAAAUCAAAUAGAAUGAAAGAAAUCAAAAAGAAGACCCCAGAAGGGAGGAGAUGCGAUGCCCUCCGAAGACACCUUCGUUGCAGACACAUAUUAACGAGCAGCGAGAUGCUUCCGGACAGUAGUGAACAGGCGGUGGUUAAUGCUACAGUUCGAGAAAUUGUUAUACUGGCAGUAUUUAUUAUAGUAAUAUCAGUCAUUUCUUUUAUUAUGACGACGCCUGCAUUGCACGAAUUUGGUAAAUCUUUGACUGAUGCUUUUACUAAAACAAAGUUUUCUGGUUACGGAGAAUCUACUCUGAGUUUUUACGAUAUUAAAACUGCCAAUGACUUUUGGACGUAUUCCGAAACGGUAUUAGUGAACUCCCUUUACAGUGAGAAUUGGUAUGAUGACGUUAAGCCAAUUAAAAAAAUGGACGACGAUGAUCAAAACGCGUUAUUAGAAAAUGUUAUUCUGGGUGUAGGCAGAAUAAGACAGUUACGGGUACGAAACAACUCCUGUAUCCUUCACGAUUACAUGGUUCGCAACUUCGCUGCAUGCUACAGUACAUAUUCCAAAUCGGCGGAAGAUAAAGAUCCCUUUGGUCGUCGGCGUGGAACAGCCUGGACCUAUAAUUCACCAAGAGAUGUAGGCAGCGUUUUGUAUUAUGGGACAUUGGCAACAUAUGGCAGUGGUGGAUAUUAUCAAAAAAUGGAACGGUCGAAAGGCGCCACUCGAUCCGUUAUAUUUGAUCUAAAAGCGAAUCUUUGGUUAACGAAAGGAACAAGGGCGAUAAUAUACGAGUUUACAGUAUUCAAUGCUAAUGUGGAUUUGUUUUGUACAGCCAAAAUUGUGUUUGAGUUUCCACCAACUGGAGGAGUACUGCCGUCUGUAUCAUUUAGGCCCGCGUAUCUCCUACGAUAUCAAACGGACAAGAGAAUUACCCUAUUUGUUUUCGAAGGAGCGUAUCUACUUCUUCUAGUAUAUUUCACAAUAGAAGAAAUUGAAGAGAUAGUAUUUUUUAGAAUACGAUAUGUCAAAAACUUUUGGAAUUACGUCGAUUUAACAUCCUUGUUGUUAUCGUACGCCCUUAUCCCUUUAAACCUAUUGAGACAAUUUGCCACCGAUGCGGCAAUAAAAAAACUGCGUAUUGUCACUUUCGAACCAGAAUAUGGUAACUUUGAAGAAGCCACCGAUUAUCAAGUGCAGUUCGAUUUCUGUAUAGCGUGUGUAUUGUUUCUACAAUGCAUUAAGCUGUUCAAGUAUUUUGGAUUUAACAGAAAGAUGGGCCAAUUAAACAGUACUUUAAAAUACUGCAGAAGUGGAAUUUCUGGAUACACACUUAUGUUUGUCAUAGUAUUUUUUGCUUACGCCGAGCUUGGUUAUUUACUCUUUGGAUCGCAGGUAAAGCGAUUUUCCGGGUUCAUCACAUCAAUGAUUACGCUAUUUCGAACAGUUUUGGGAGACUUUAACUACGCAGAACUGGACGAAGCGGAUCGAAUUUUCGCGCCAAUAUUCUUCAUUUCCUACAUAUUCGUCGUAUUUUAUAUUUUAAUGAACAUGUUUUUGGCAAUCGUGAAUGAUGCGUAUGCCGAUUGCAAAGUCGAAAUGGUUAUAGGAGAAAAAAGUAAAAGAGGCCAAUUAAUGACAACGGCACUGUAUAGCAUUUUGAACAAAUUUGUGAUCACUAGAAUAUUUGUUCCACAAUCCAUCUUGCAUCCCAAACAUUAUUAUAUCACUGUUCAUAGAGCUGAAACGAUCCUAAAGGCCUGUGGUUAUACCGAGCCCGAUAUUAUGGGAGUCAUAUAUAAAUGCGGUGGCGAUUAUUACAAGAAGAAUACAAAAAUUGAUGUGCUGCUCUUGAUGAAGGAAGGGGAUCGCAAUGUUUAUGAAGUGCCUCCGAUGCCUGAUCUUCCGAAAAAGAUUGCUGCUGCGAAAGUAACACCUAUUAUACUGGAAUCAGAGUUUCUAGAGCAAAAUCAGAGAAUUGAAGACAUAGAAUCGGAAUUGGUAGACUUAUCGGGUCAACUAGAUGGACUGAUACAACAAAUUACAAAUGCAGUAUCUGGAGAAGAUGAAGAAGAGGACUAACGACCUGCUCAUUUGAAGUAACUACAAGUUGAAGUUACAUAAUAUAGUUAUGCGUUUAAGUUAUUGCUUUAUAUUCAAUUGUUACAGCUAAGCUAGACCUUUGAAUCUAAUUCUAUAUUCAAAGGCUAGACCCUUUGUACUACGCUGAAAUUUAAUCACUAUAUCUUCGUAUAUAAACGUAUCCCAGGUAACGUUUGUUA